UAAAGUAAAACAGCGAAUAAUGCACAUUAUUAUUACUAUAUUAUCCAUGGGGGCUCUCCAGCAAAUAAAACAAAUCCAGCUAGCUCGCCCGCCCGCUGGGUAGAAGGAAGAAAAGAAAGCAGGGCCAAAAAAAUGACGUUUUAAUCAGGAGAUUCUUCCUUUUGCUGCUGCCUGAAAAGCCGGAGAAGAAAAAGGGGGCAUCCUCCAUCCAUCUCGACGCUGCGUCUUCGUGAAAAACGUCGUCUCUCCCCCAGGCGCUGUCUGCCAUUAACUACAGCUACUACCACCCCCCUGCUGAUCAGGUCGAGUUCGAGCCGUGGCACCCAAGAAGAUGAUGGAUCCAGCGUCGUAUGUUGAUCCGAACCUGACGCAGCCCGACCUGCUGGUGCUCAAGUGCCUGCUGCGAGACGCGGAGGGCCAGCCGGAGACGCAGACGCAGACGCAGACGAGCAACGGACUCGCCAGCAGUGAUAAUGGAGCGAGCGGCCGCAGGACGAGGACGGGAAGAAGCAACGGUAGGGCAGUUAAGGCAGACGUCGCAUUUAUUCUUCUUAUUCUGCUUCGGCUGCUAACUAGCUAGUCAGGUACCUACUCGCGAGCUUCAGACGACGCGGAAGACGAGCAAAAGACCAUCGAGCACCUGCGGAACCUGAACGACCCGGCGCAUGCGGACUUCGAUCCGACCGUCUUCGUCUCGUGGGACACGCAGAAGCUGCCCUUCCCGGCGGCGGUGCAGCAAUGGCUGAUCCGGCCGUACAUCGCCAGGGCGCGGCGGCUUGUCCGGGUCGAGACAGACGUGGCGAUGCUCACACACCUGCUGCUGUACUUCAGCACCUCCGUGCCGAGCGCGGUGCUGCUCUUCUACCGCUUCAGCUGGCUGCACGGCGUGCUGCACUUGCUGAUGCAGGGGUGGUACAUGGGCACGUACACGCUGAUGAUGCACCAGCACAUCCACAUGGGCGGCAUUCUGAACCGCAAGUACUGGCUGUUCGACAUGCUGUUCCCUUACAUCACGAACCCGCUGAUGGGCCAUACGUGGAACUCCUACUACUACCAUCACGUCAAGCACCACCAUGUCGAAGGGAACGGGCCCGAGGACCUGUCGUCGACGAUACGCUACCAGCGAGACGAGCUGCGUGAUUUCCUGGCGUACGUGGGCCGGUUCCUGUUUCUGGUCUGGAUUGAGCUGCCGCUUUACUUUACGCAGAAGGGCAAGUACGGGAUGGCGGCGAAGGCUGCGGGCUGGGAGCUGAGCACGUACGCUGUGCUGGCGGUGCUGUUUGUGCGUGCGGAUGCGCGGGCGACGGCGUUUGUCUUUUUGCUGCCGCUGCUGCUGAUGCGGAUUGCGAUGAUGGUGGGCAAUUGGGGCCAGCAUGCGUUGGUGGACGAGGUCGAUCCUACGUCUGACUUUCGCUCCAGCAUCACUCUGAUUGACGUCCCGAGCAACCGGUUCUGCUUCAAUGAUGGAUAUCAUACGUCGCAUCAUCUGAACCCGCGACGGCACUGGCGAGAGCAUCCAGUGGCCUUCCUGACGCAGCGGCAGCGGUACUCGCAGGAACAGGCACUUGUGUUCCGCAACAUCGACUACAUCAUGAUGACGGUGAAGCUGCUGCAAAAGGACUACGACUACCUGGCCCGAUGUCUGGUGCCCAUUGGAGAGAAGCAGAUCAGCAUGACGAUGGAAGAGCGGGCAGCGAUGCUGAGAACCAAGACCAGACGGUUCAGCGAGGAGGAGAUUGCUCGUUUGUUCAAGUAGAUAAUAAUAUUAAACAAAAGUACGUACAUAAGGGCAUGCAUGCAUAGACGGGACAUAUAUCACAUAGAGGUCUUUCAAAAAGAA